ACAAAUGGACACGCCCUCAAAGUCUUAACCUUUUUUCGGAUAAAGGUUUGUGGUAGAACAAAGCCAAAUUAAUGCUGCUGGAAUUGCAAUUUUAUGCUAAAAUACAACCAAGGACAGUUAACUAGUCCCACACUUCACUUCACUUCCCUGCCCAAAUGUUUUCCACCUGUCAUUCUCUAUAAAUACCUGUACUAGCUACAUGAAUCAAUCUCACUCUAUACCAUCUAUAUAAGCAAACCGACAUUUCCCUCUCACAACUAAAUUGGAAGAGAAGUAAAAUGCAGUAUGAAACAGAAUCUUGGAAUGGUUACCUACAGGAAGAAAUAGAGAGAAUGGCUUCAAGGAAUGCAGUGGUGAUAUUCAGCAAAAAUACAUGUUGCAUGUGUCAUGCCAUAAAGAGGCUCCUGUGUGGGAUGGGUGUCAACCCAACAGUGUAUGAACUCGAUGAUCACAAUCCCACUUGGCAGCACGCCUUGUUUAGUCUUCUUGGCAACUCCUCCUCCUCCUCCGCUCUGCCUGUUGUCUUCAUUGGUGGCAAGCUCGUUGGGUCCAUGGACAGUAUCAUGGCAGCUCAUAUUAAUGGCACAUUAGUUCCUCUUUUAAAAGAGGCUGGUGCUCUUUGGCUUUGAUCAUCUCUCUUUUUUCCUCUUUACUUGUACUGCAGAGGAAGUGGAUCUCUUUUUCUUUUCCUUUCUCUUUUUGUAGCAAAUUAAGGGUAAGAAGAAUUGUUGUAAUUUGGUUCCUCCUCUCUUUCUUCAGACAAUUCAAAUGAAAAAUCAGAUGUAGUUCCUUCCAUUAUUUCUGAUCACUUCCUAAUUUACUUUU